AAAAUCCCAGUCUCAUCUGUAGAGAUGGUAGAGCCAACGCGCAAAUUUGCGUCAUUGGAAGAUGAGCUGUGCUUCUGGAAGGACCAGGCAGAAAAACAUCAACAAAGGGCAGACGAGGUGCAAGAGGAGCUGCAGGAGUUUCAGCAAAUGAGUCGUGACUAUGAGGCUGAGCUGGAGUCAGAGUUGAAGCAGUGUGAAGGGCGAAACAAAGAUCUUCUCCUGGACAACAACAGACUGCGCAUGGAGCUAGAAAAUGUGAAGGAGAAAUUUGAGACUCAGCACUCAGAAGCUUCAAGGCACAUUUCUACACUGGAGGAGGAACUGCUGGAAACUAAAGCUAUGAGAGAUCAUCUGCAGAAAUACAUCAGGGAGCUAGAGCAGUCCAACGAUGACUUAGAAAGGACCAAAAGGGCAACUAUUAUGUCACUGGAAGACUUUGAACAGAGGAUGAACCACGUAAUUGAACGAAAUGCCUUCCUUGAAAGUGAGCUUGAUGAGAAGGAAAACCUGCUAGAGUCUGUUCAGCGACUUAAGGAUGAAGCUCGAGACCUUCGUCAAGAGUUGGCUGUACGGCAGGUAGAGAGACGACCGUCGAGCAGCUUAGGCAGAGACACUGAGCGAGAUCUGCAGUGCCCCUCUGGUAUUAACCCUUCCCUCCCUGCUACACCAGCUAAACCGAUUAGCUCGUUUGACACACCCCCUGCCUCAAGUAUCCGUAGAGGUGAUGGGCUAACAGGCACUCCCUUGACAACAUCUGCCCGGAUAUCUGCCCUAAAUAUUGUUGGAGAACUACUGAGAAAAGUUGGGAACUUGGAGUCCAAGUUGGCAUCUUGUCGAGACUUUGUGUAUGACACGUCCAUUAGCAGACCAGCUCUCCUCGCUGCUCCUGCCAGUCCUGCUGAUUUAGGAGGCUCUGAAAUCCAAGUAAGCAGUCCACCUCCGCAGUAUGACAGUGUAGUGAAGCAGUUAGAGUUUGGACCCGGUCCUCCACGAGGCCUCUCCCAAGGUGCCCAGUCGCCACAGGGAGGUGUGAAGAUCCUGCUAUGAGACAGACACCUGCCUCUGCAAUAAACUGUCCCCUUGAUCUUCUGACCUGCUCUACAAAAAUAUGCAGUGAUUAGAUUGACUUAUUUCUCUCGACACUGUGUGUCCCAUAGGAUUGAUCUGCUCCACAUAAUCUGUGCAUGGGCAACUACUGCCUGAAGCUCGUAUCACACAUAAAGUAAAGCAACUGCAGCUUAUUUGGUUUGGCUUCAUGGAGAGUCAUGUCCAAACCUUAGGUCUGUUUAAAUGCCCUGCCAUGUGGAGCAAAGUAGAGACCCUAAAUAGCUGUGAGAUUAGGCCAGUGCUUCUCAAUUAUUU